AUGGCCCGGGGACAGACGCUGCUCAUCACUAUGUCCCAGGGAGCAGGACGUCCGCAGGGCACGCUGCGGGCUCUCAUCUUCCUCGGCGUCCUAGUGGGCAUGGUGGUGCCCUCUCCCGCGGGCACCCGAGCCAACAGCACGCUGCUAGCCUCGAGGGGCUGGGGCACCCUACUCUCCAGGUCUCGGGCUGGGCUGGCCGGAGAGAUCGCCGGCGUGAACUGGGAGAGCGGCUACUUGGUGGGAAUCAAGCGGCAGCGGAGGCUAUACUGCAACGUGGGCAUCGGCUUCCACCUUCAGGUGCCCCCCGACGGCCGGAUCAGCGGGACCCACGAGGAGAACCCCUACAGCCUGCUGGAGAUUUCCACGGUGGAGCGUGGCGUGGUGAGCCUCUUUGGGGUGAAGAGCGCCCUCUUUGUCGCCAUGAACAGUAAAGGAAAAUUAUACGCCACGCCCAGCUUCCAAGAAGAGUGUAAGUUCAGAGAGACCCUCCUGCCCAACAACUACAACGCCUAUGAGUCGGACCUGUACCGAGGUGCCUACAUCGCCCUGAGCAAAUACGGACGGGUGAAGCGGGGCAGCAAGGUGUCCCCCACCAUGACUGUCACGCACUUCCUCCCUAGGAUAUGA